AUGGAGGAGGAUCGGGCACAAACCGACCUGGGCAUUGCCGCCGACAUUGAAGCGUCUCAUCGCGAAGAGGAGGCGGCGGCACAGCCGGUGAUGAAGCAACCAAAGAAGCGCUUUGUCGGCAGAAGAACUGCGGCCGAGACCGCAGCGAAGAACGGAGGCUCAAAUGGAUCUAUCGAGGAUAGCAAGUCCAUUCAAGUCGCCCAACCACGCAGAGGUCCUCGUCUCCUGAACCAAGUGCCCCCCGAGAUUCUUAACGACCCGGCGCUUAAGUCCGCCAUCUCUAUUCUCCCCUCGAACUACAGCUUCGAGAUUCCCAAGACGAUCCACCGCAUCCGCUCCUCUGGCGCCAAAAAGGUCGCCCUCCAAAUGCCCGAGGGUCUCCUCCUCUUCGCCACUACAAUCUCCGACAUACUCACCGAGUUCUGCCCAGGGAUCGAGACCCUCAUCAUGGGCGACGUCACCUACGGCGCCUGCUGCAUCGAUGACUACACCGCCCGCGCCAUGGGCUGCGACCUCCUCGUGCACUACGCCCACAGCUGCCUGAUCCCAGUCGACGUGACCAAGAUCAAGACGCUUUACGUGUUCGUCGACAUCAGCAUCGACACCUCGCACCUCCUUGCGUCGCUCGAGCGCAACUUCGCCUCGGGAAAGACCAUCGCCGUUGUCGGCACCAUCCAGUUCAACGCCACGAUUCACGGCGUCCGCGGCACCCUCGAGAAGGCGGGCUUCAAGGUCCUCGUGCCGCAGAUCGCGCCUCUGAGUAAGGGUGAGAUUCUAGGCUGCACGAGCCCGCAGCUCAAGGACGAUGACAAGGUCGACAUGAUCCUGUACCUCGGCGACGGCCGCUUCCACCUCGAAAGCAUCAUGAUCCAUAACCCGAGCAUACCCGCAUACCGCUACGACCCGUACUCGCGUAAGCUGACGCGCGAGACCUACGGCCACGACGAGAUGCAGGACCUGCGCCGGACGGCCAUCCGAACGGCCAAGACGGCGCGGAAGUGGGGUCUCAUCCUCGGCUCGCUGGGGCGCCAGGGGAACCCGCACACGAUGGGGCUCAUUGAGAAGCGGUUAAAGGAGCGUGGGAUCCCCUGGAUCAAUCUGCUGCUGAGCGAGAUCUUUCCUGGGAAGCUGGCCAUGAUGAGCGAUGUUGAGUGCUGGGUGCAGGUUGCGUGCCCGCGUUUGAGCAUCGAUUGGGGGUACGCGUUCCCGCGGCCGUUGCUGACACCGUACGAGGCGCUGGUUGCGCUCGAGGUCAGGGAUGACUGGGGCAAGGGGGUGUAUCCUAUGGACUACUACGGAAAGGAUGGUCUCGGGCGGACGAAGCCCGCUCAACUGGAAGCCAAGGCCUAA